UAUGUCAGAUCUAUGGUGGGGAUCAAGGGCUGUCACAUAAAUAUUUCCGAAUCCUCGUCGUCAAUUUAAGGAGGAGUAUGAGAAGCUGGGCUAUAUUAUUCAGCACAUUAGUAAGCCUUCCUACUGCACUGCUAUUCUCAGACAGUGCUUGCAGUACAGCAUAAACAAAUCUUCCGAGAUUGUCUAGUUUAGUGCACAGUGUAGUUUUACUGGGUGCGCCCAGCAUCACUGGACUUCAUACGGAGCACAAGAGAAGUAAUAGGGACGCAGAAUAAGAGUUGACAAGACAUUUUCCAGAGCCAGAAGUUUGUGGAGACAGGAUGGAGGAGAUCAUCUCUGCAUCUCUAACACGCUAGAACCUUCACUGUUCCAGCCGUCACCGCCGUCACCGCCCCACACUGGCCCUCCGUUCCUCAAGAGUGAUUUAUUUGCAAUGAUUGAGAAAAUGCAGAGCAACAGAAUGGACGAGCAGAGAUGCACUUUUCCUCCACCCCUCAAAACCGAGGAAGAUUACAUCCCUUACCCCAGUGUCCAUGAGGUUCUCAACAGAAAGAGUCCAUUUCCUCUUAUUCUGCUUCCUCAGUUUGGGGGUUAUUGGAUUGAGGGGACCAAUCACGAACUGAGCAAUGGGUUUGAACCGGAGCAGCUCCAGUCGCCCACCUCACGGUUUAAACUGGAGUGCAACAGCACCGCUAAGAUCUACAGGAAACAUUUUCUGGGCAAAGAACAUUUUAAUUAUUAUUCAAUGGACAGUGCCCUAGGCCACCUGGUGUUUUCUAUGAAAUAUGAUGUUAUUGGGGACCAGGAGCAUCUCCGCCUCAUGCUCAGAACAAAAAUGAAAACGUAUCACGACGUGAUUCCAAUAUCUUGUUUGACCGAAUUCCCCAACAUUGUUCAGAUGGCCAAGCUUGUCUGUGAAGAGGUGAAUGUGGACCGUUUUUUCCCUGUGCUCUACCCAAAGGCGUCUAGGCUCAUUGUCACUUUUGACGAACAUGUUAUAAGCAACAACUUCAAGUUUGGAGUCAUUUAUCAAAAGUUUGGACAGACCACAGAGGAGGAGCUGUUUGAGAAUAAUGAGGAAAGUCCUGCAUUUGUGGAGUUUUUAGAGUUUCUGGGACAGAAGAUUGAGCUUCAUGACUUCAAAGGGUUUCGUGGUGGGUUGGACGUGACGCAUGGACAGACAGGCUUGGAGUCUGUGUAUCAUAACUUCCACAACAAGGAGAUCAUGUUCCACGUGUCCACUAAGCUGCCUUACACAGAGGGUGACACACAGCAGCUACAGAGGAAAAGGCACAUAGGAAACGACAUUGUUGCCAUCGUGUUUCAAGAUGAAAGCACUCCAUUUGUACCAGACAUGAUUGCCUCCAACUUCCUCCAUGCCUAUAUUGUGGUGCAGGUGGAAAAUGCCUGUUCUGACAAUGUCUUGUAUAAGGUUUCAGUGACGGCACGAGAUGAUGUACCAUUUUUUGGACCACCUCUCCCUAACCCAGCUAUUUUUAAGAAAGGACCAGAGCUUCAUGAAUUCCUGCUUACCAAGCUGAUCAAUGCCGAAUAUGCCUGCUACAAAGCAGAGAAAUUUGCCAAAUUAGAAGAGCGCACACGAUGCGCCCUGUUGGAGACGCUGUAUGAAGAGCUGCACAUCAACAGUCAGGCCAUGAUGGGACUGGGAGGAGAAGAGGAAAAGAUGGAGAAUGGAGGAGGAGGUGGAGGGGGUUUCUUUGAAUCCUUCAAGCGGGUGAUCCGCAGUAGGAGCCAGUCUCUGGACGCCUUGGGCCUCAAUAUCAGGAAGCACACAGUCUCCAAUAGUCACAGCGGCAGUUUCACCCACAACAACCAUCUUCACUCACCAGAGAGCCCCAAAAUUCCCGGGAUAUCAUUGCUUGUCCCAGGCAAAAGUCCCAGUAAAUACGGACGCCGUGGCAGCGCCAUAGGAAUAGGAACGAUAGAAGAGUCUUUGAUCAUUCCUGGUAAAAGCCCAACGAGGAAAAAAUCAGGACCUUUCAGUUCUCGACGUAGCAGUGCUAUCGGGAUUGAAAACAUACAGGAGGUGCAAGAGAAGAGAAUUGCUGCUCUGUUGUCAGAGGACAGGACUGUGCUCUGUAUCUCUCUACCCAGCGUCACUCUCAAGAAUGGGAGGCUCAUCUUGGAUCCCUCAAACAGUAGAGAGUGCUGCUCGCCCUACACACAGAAGACACCAGACAGUGGACAUGCCUCCCAGGACCCCAAGUCUGAAAACUCAUCCAAUCAGAGUUCUCCCGAGGUUCAGGUCACUAAGAACAGCUCAAGCCUGUAUUGCCGAGCUCCCUCCAUCCCUGAAGCUCACGACCUGUCACGCUCCUCAUCUAAUGCCAGCAGCUUUGCUAGUGUGGUAGAGGAGAAUGAAACCGAGGCUACAGAGGACUAUGACACUGGCAUGGAGAGUUUGUCAUCCGCGGGCACUCCUCAUAAACGGGACUCAUUCACUUACAGCAUGUGGCUGGAGGACAACAUGAGCACUCCCAGUACAACCAGCAGGGGGAGCUCUCCUGCCCUUGGCAAAAGCCAGGAGCCAAACCGUCCAGACAUCCGAAUCAAACUCGAUGGACCGCAUGACCCCAAAUCCUCAUCAAACUGCUAGCCUCUCCUGCUUGUUUGCCUUGUGGAUAUCAAACAACAACAGAAAGACUCUGGUUAUGUCUAUACUGCUGACGAUGAAGAAGAGUAGCAUCUCCAGUUAGCUGCAUGAGUGACAGCAUGCACAAAAGGACCAUGAUCAUCUAACAACGCCUGAAAAGAAGAAACAAGGAGUUGGUUACAGGCAAGCAGAGACUUCAUUCUGGCUGUGGCGCUGUACUUAUCUCCCCUCCUUCAGUCCUUUCCUCUUUCAGUCUCAGUAUUGGUCCACUUGCUGUUGUCAUCUGAAACCUUUGUAAGUACAUCCAGUAAUGAGAACUUAGUUCCUCUGUAGCAUCGUCUGCAGACACUUCACUGUGCUGGUGAAUGACUAAUAUAGCAGCUUGUACAGUUUAAGGUCCUAACACUGUGCUAUUAUUAUAUUUUGUGACAUUUGGGUCAUAAAGAAAAUUGCACAAUGAGAGCUUAUUAUUAUUUCAGUUAUGAUAUAGACACCAAACCGUUUCUCGUAAACGAAUGUUUGGAAGUCCUUGUCAUUGAUCUGAUAUUCUAUAAGGUACUGUUUGUUUAGUACAGCCCUUAAAGGGAUACUUUAAAAAAAAAAUGCUAAUUUUCCAGCUCCCCUAGAGUUAAACAUUUGAUUUUUACCGUUUUAGAAUCAAUUCAGCUGAUCUCUGGGUCUGGUGUUAGCACUUUUAGCAUAGCUUAGCAUAAUCCAUUGAAUCUGAUUAGACCAUUAGCAUCGCGCCUAAAAAUAACUAAAGAGUUUCGAUAUUUUUCCUAUUUAAAACUUGACUCUUCUGUAGUUACAUUGUGUACUAAGAAAAUUAAAAGUUGCAAUUUUCUAGGCAGAUAUGUCUAGGAACUAUACUCUCAUUAUGGCGUAAUAAUCAAGGACUUUGCUGAUGUAACAUGGCUGCAGCAGGCGUAGUGAUAUUAUGAACUGCCCGAAAAUAGUCCCCUUGGUUACUUUCAAUAGCAGGGGACUAUUGUCUUAGUACACAAUGUAACUACAGAAGAGUCAAGUUUUAAAUAGGAAAAAUAUCAAAACUCUUUGGUUAUUUUUUAGCAUGAUGCUAAUGGUCUAAUCAGAUUCAAUGGAUUAUGCUAUGCUAAAAGUGGUAGCGCCAGACCCGGAGAUCGGUUAAAUGGAUUCCAAAACGGUAAAAAACAAUGUUUAACUCUAUUGGAGCUGGAAAAUGAGCAUAUUUUCAAAAAAAAUGUCUCUUUAAAAGCUUAGUAAUACAUCUUGUGCCAUUAUUUCAGAGUAACAGCAUUCGCUUUGGCAAGUAAAUAAAACUAACUUUUUCAGGAACUGCUAAAUAAUAUAUGUCAGGUUAUGUUACCGAUCACAGACACACCAACUGUUAAGAAUAUAUCUGUUGCGACUUACAUACGUUGACUUUCCCUUGCACUAAGCCACCAAAUCAAAAAUGAUAAGGAGCAAAAUCCCUAUACGGGUAUUUAUAUUUUUGUGUACCAAGAGUCAUGCUUCAUUUGAGUGACACAACAAGCAAAGCUAAACAAUCCCAAUGUCAUAGUAAAAUAAUAACCAUAAUCGUCUAAGUCUAAUCAAAUGACUCUAUUACUUCUCACUUUUGUAAGUUGCUUCGGAUAAAAGAGUCUGCUAAAUGCCAAAAUGUAAUGUAAAUGUAUUUACGACUUGAUUUAAACAAAUGUGUCACAUAAUUCUCUA